AUGUGUUCCAGAGGAUGGGAGCGGCGUCUGGUUCGGGAACUGCUACCGUUGCCUCUGUUACUCCUGGUGAUCAGCGUUCAAGGUCAUCUGGAACAAAAGUUGAUCGUGGUCACCAAUGGCAACGUGACUCUGCCAGUCUUCAAGGGACUGCCUAAUGACUACAUACGUCUAACCUGGUUUUACACUGACAGCCAGAAGAUUGUAGAAUAUGAGUCCAACAGCACUAAGUACUUUGAUUCUAAAUUUAAAAGCAGGGUGAAACUUGAUCAAAGUGGUGCCCUGCACAUCUAUUAUGUCCAGAAGGAGGACAGCAGCACCUACCGCUUAAUUGUGAAGAUGAGGGACAGACAAGAGGAGAAGUCGAAGGUCUCACUGGAAGUGCUUGACCCCGUACCCAAGCCUAAUAUGACAACUGAGAAGACGGAGGAAGGAAACCACUGUUUUCUGAAACUGUCGUGCGUGACACCCGAGCAGUCUGUGAACUACACUUGGUACGGGGACUCGGGGCCCUUCCCGCAGGCGCUGCAGGGCAGUGUGCUUCACCUCACCGUCACGCCGCAGAAUUACUCCACGUUCUACACUUGCCAGGUCAGCAAUCCCGUGAGCAGCGAGAAUGACACGGUCUACUUCACGCUACCUUGUACCCUGGCCCGAUCCACUGGAGCAGACUGGAUUGCAAGUUGGUUAUUGGCGAUGGUGCCCACCAUUGCUGGCCUCCUGCUUGUCUGA